UGUAGCCUAAUCGCCCCUUUCGUCACCUCAUCCGCCCCCUCAUCAGUGCUGCGCCGGGUCAGUCUUAGAUCCUCUAGCGGAUGGUUUUUGUCCGGCGUGGCUGAUGGUUGUGCCGUCCCGUCGAGGAUGUUCUUCUGGUGAUGGCUGCCCUGGAGGACACUUGCUGUCGAUUUGACGUGAAGCUGGGUCAAUGUCCCCUACCAGAGAUGAUUCCACCGUGUGCUGCAAGCUGUUUCCGUGAUGGCCAGUGUCCUGCCACACAGAAAUGUUGCCCAACCACCAGUGGCUUUGCAUGCAGUGAACCAUGUGGUCAGGGAAGAGGUCAGUCAAGUUGUCAUGGAGGUGGUCGCGGCCAGGGUGAAGGUCAUGGAAGCGGCCAGGGUGGCGGCCGGGGCCAGGGUGAAGGUCAUGGAAGCGGCCAGGGUGAAGGUCAUGGAAGCGGCCAGGGUGGUGGCCGGGGCCAAGGUGGCGGCCGGGGCCAGGGUGAAGGUCAUGGAAGCGGCCAGGGUGGUGGCCGGGGCCAAGGUGGCGGCCGGGGCCAGGGUGAAGGUCAUGGAAGCGGCCAGGGUGAAGGUCAUGGAAGCGGUCAGGGUGGCGGCCGGGGCCAGGGUGAAGGUCAUGGAAGCGGCCAGGGUGAAGGUCAUGGAAGCGGCCAGGGUGGUGGCCGGGGCCAAGGUGGCGGCCGGGGCCAGGGUGAAGGUCAUGGAAGCGGCCAGGGUGAAGGUCAUGGAAGCGGUCAGGGUGGCGGCCGGGGCCAGGGUGAAGGUCAUGGAAGCGGUCAGGGUGGUGGCCGGGGCCAAGGUGGCGGCCGGGGCCAGGGUGAAGGCCAUGGAAGCGGCCAGGGUGAAGGUCAUGGAAGCGGCCAGGGUGGUGGCCGGGGCCAAGGUGGCGGCCGGGGCCAGGGUGAAGGUCAUGGAAGCGGUCAGGGUGGCGGCCGGGGCCAGGGUGAAGGUCAUGGAAGCGGCCAGGGUGAAGGUCAUGGAAGCGGCCAGGGUGGUGGCCGGGGCCAGGGUGAAGGCCAUGGAAGCGGCCAGGGUGGUGGCCGGGGCCAGGGUGAAGGUCAUGGAAGCGGCCAGGGUCAGGGUGGCGGCUGUGGUCCGGGUAGAGGCCAAGGCAGCAGCCAGGAAAGUGGUCAGGGAACUGGUUGGGGAUGUGGUCAAGGUCAGAGUUGUGGUCAAGGAAAUGUUAUUUUGGCUUAACACUUACUGGAGAUCUUUUCAAUUCAGUGCUUUUAUAUGGCAUGUUUUCCCUGUUUGCUCAAACAGUUUAGGAAGAUUGUGCCCCCACCCAUUUAAAAUAAAAAGAAUUGCUUGAUUGAA